AGCGGUUAUUCCGAGUGGGGUGGCGUGCGCGGCGGUCAUCAGUCGCCGUCGAAACGCCGCGCGCGCCUCGCCUCGCAAAAUAACAAAAACCAAUCGCAUUCAUCAUCGAAAUGGCCUAUACUUGGGACAACAGGGUCGCUUUCGUUGUACGAUAUCUUUACGAUAUCGACAACAACGGCUACCUGGACGCACACGACUUCCAGUGCCUGGCGCUGCGGUCGUGCGUCCUCGAAGGCAAGGGGGACUGCAGCGCGGCCCGACUGCAGAAGUACCAGCACAUCAUGCUGAGCCUCUGGGAGGAGAUCACCCAGUUAGCAGACUUCGACAAGGUGCCGGAUUAUGAUGGGAUGAUAACAGUAGAGGAAUUCAAGCAAGCUGUGAAAAACAGUUGUUUAGGGAAAAGAUACGAUGAUUUCCCUCAAGCAAUGAAAGCAUUCAUCGAGUCGAAUUUCAGAAUGAUAGACAUUAAUGCCGAUGGAGUCAUAGGGGUUGAAGAGUACCGGUAUGACUGUGUGCAGAGGAUGGUGCUUGAAGACAUCAAGGUUAUCGAUGAUGCCUUCGACUCCCUGUUAAAUGAUGACGACAGAAGGAAAGGCGGCAUCACCAUGUCUCGGUACCAGGAGUUGUUCGCACAGUUCUUGGGUGAUGUCAACGACAACUGCCAAGCGAAGCACCUAUUUGGGCCCUUAGAAAUAUAAUAAAGCCUUUAUAGGUUAAUUACUAAGCUUAUGACUGACACACCUAGGUACUUUCCACCAUUAAAAUAGAUGUUUAUUUCAUUUUAGUGAUGCAAAGAACGAAAAAUUUGUUAAUUAUUACAGAAAUGCUUAAUUUAAACAUUGUAACAUCUUGUAUAAUAAAUUAAAUAUAUAUUAGAAACUUCGAGACAAAUGCCUAAUAGGUACAUUAGUUAUUGGCAAUGAACAAGGCCAAAAGGUGGGGAAACUGUUAUAUUUUUAUAUAUAACCGGCACCGUCACGGGAAGCCAUAUCUAUAUUUACAAAUACCAUCUUUACGAGCCGGUGCGAAUCACAUCAGAUACGAGAACGCGCAUCGAUACCGCACAAAAAUAACAACAACGAAAAUGCGUUCCCGAUUACGUAAAUUGUUAUUUAGAUAUAACGUGUUUCUUAAAAUACUUAGUUCAUAAGUACGAUGCUAGUUUUAUAGUUAUAUCAAGUUAUUUUUUCCUAAUAGUUUAUUUUUGAUUGUUUAAUUCUAUCAUGUAUUGUUAACUCGUGGUAUUGUUAAGAUGUUUUUUUUUACAUAUAACUAUUUGUGAUUUUAGGAAUGUUAUGUUUCCCCUUAUCGUUAUUAUUAGUUAUGGUAUCAUUAUAAUUAUAUGAGACGAACGAAACAAACCGAUCUUAACGAUAUUUGUGUACAGAGGCAGUAACUUUAUGGGGAAUGUACGGGCAAUGUUGACUGGUUGUGCUCAAUCAUACAAAAUGAAUCUAGUCAUGUCAAGCUUAAUUUAUUAUUAUGUAAAUACUCUUGUUAACGAAGAUAUAAUUAUUAUAAUAAAUAAUAAACCACCUA